UGCGAGCAAUAGCCACUGCUAUAGCUAUCUUCUACCCCGUGUGAUCUAUACGACACUCAUUGUGCAAAAAUCCGUCGACGCAGUUGGAUGUCAUGGGCGCGCUACUUCAGUUCCUGUUGACGACGGUGUUCGUAGCGUUGGUUUUCUCUCAAAAUGAUUUGCAAGAAGAAUUUCCACCGGGAUGGACGGAAAAGUGCAUCGGAUGUAUGUGCGAAGCGUCUUCUGGGUGCAAUCAAACACUCGAGUGCAUGGAACAAAACGAAGUUAAAUAUUGCGGUGUGUUCUUGUUGAGCGAAGUUUAUUGGCAAGACGCCGGUACGCCCGUGCUUCAAGGAGAUGACCCUAACCGAAUCGGAGCGUUCGAGAGGUGCGUCAGAGACCCGUAUUGCGCAGCGAGAGCUGUAAAUCAGUACAUACAGAGAUACGCAAAGGAUUGCAAUAAGGAUCGCGUACUGUCAUGUGAUGAUUAUGUUCGAUUACAUUAUUUCGGUGAGGCGAAUUGUGAAAGACCAAUCUCAUCACUUCCGUACUAUAGAGUUUUUAGAAAUUGUAUUUCAUCUUAAUUUAAAUUUUAUUAUAACGCUAUUUUAUUUUAUAUAGAAUAUAUAUACAAAUUUAUAGAAAUAAGAAUAUAAUAUUAUAUAAUAUACUAUCAUCAAUUAUUAUUGAUAAAUGUAAUUUAUUAAAA